AAAAACAAAUAUUCAUCGUUAAUACAGGUCGACACAAUCUUCUAACUAGUUCGCCGUUUCAUUUCGUUUAGGAAAUUCAUUCAAAGAAAUAAAAUGUCGAAUUCGAAAGCCAUCGACCUGAGCAAAUAUGACCUCUACGAACUGUUGAACGUCCCUCGCCUUUCCAGCGAAAAACUGGUGAAGAAGGCCUACAGGAAGCAGGCUCUCAAACUUCAUCCGGACAAGAAUCCAAACAAUCCAAAAGCGGCUGAACAGUUCCAGUUGUUACAGAAAGCAUUUGAGUUGCUCUCAGAUCCCGUUCAAAAAGAUGAAUACGACAGAGUCAUCAAAGCCAAGGAGCAGGCAGAACAGAAGAGGAGGGAGAUGGAUGCCGUAAGGAAGAGAUUUGCCGAUAAAUUAGUGGCUGACGAAGCAAAAGUGAAGAAGCAGAAGGAAGAAGAAGAUGCUUUCAAACUGCAAGAGGAAUUGAUAAAACAAGCCAGACUGAAUGCAGAGAGAGAACGAGAAGCUGAAGAAGAGAGAGAUCGACUGAAGAGAAAACUAAUGAAAGAGAGCAAAAUGAAAGAUGGUGACAAUGAGGGUGGGUAUAAUGUCAAGGUUAAGUGGAAGCCUUCACCGGGCCACGGCUACGAUGAAAAAAAAUUGAAAGCUAUUUUUUCAAAGUAUGGUGCCGUAAGAGAACUGAUCCUACCAGCCAACAAGAAGGGUCUGUGCCUCGUGCAAUACGCCAAACAAUGUCAAGCUGUUACCAGUUUGGAUGAAGCGGGCCUACCGUCAUGCCCCAUGAAAGUAACGCUGAUGUUCCAAGUACAACCGGAACACGUUGAUGAUUUCGACUCAUUUGAGCAACUCGUGCUGAAAAACAUGCAGAACAUGAGCGGAAGCAGCAAAAACAACAAUACCGAGAAAAAUAAUAAUAAUAAUAACGACGACGACGAUGACAACUGCAACAACCACCUCCAGGACGGUAGCCUCAACAUGAAUACGAACGACAGCCGCAACCACAAAAAUAAGUGCAAUAAUAAUAGUUUCGCUAAUGAUGCGAAAUGUCAUCACACAUGUAACGAUUAUAAUGUUAAAAAUAGUAAUAGACUCAACGACAGUUCGACAAAUCACGGGCAUCAAACGCCACCCACCUCAUCAUCAACGUCAUCACGAAAAGUGGAUCGAGGUCGUGAGAGUGUGCUGGAGAUGGAGAUGAGAAGGCAAGAGGAGAGACGAAAAAUUAUUGAACAGAUGAUGCAAGAUGAUUUGAACAAUUAACUACCCAUUGUUGUACAUCUACUCAUAUAGUAAUUAUUUAUCAUUGAUUAUUUUAAUAUUUGUUUUUAUACAGCGUUUCAAUAAUGUAUUAAAUUGUUAUUUAUUGUACCAUUGCUGCACCAACUAAGAUAAGUAUACAAGUACAUGAUCUGAUCUGUUUGUUACCUGUGGUGGUUCUAUACUGAUGAUUCUCUACAUUAUUAUUAUUAUUAUUAUUAUUAUUAUUAUUAUUAUUAUUAUUAUUAUUAUUAUUAUUAUUAUUAUUAUUAUUAUAUAAACUCCGUUGUAGUUCUCAAAGAAUAAUUCACGUAGCAUAAACAUUUACUAGAAACAUUUUACAACAUAUCAUAAUGGCUAAAUCAACAUAUCAAACAGAAACUAUUUAUACAUACAUACAGACAUACAUACAUACAUACAUACAUACAUACAUACAUACAUACAUACAUACCCUGAGCUGCAUCCUCAAGAGUUCGAGCGGCUACCAACUACACUGUCAAGAUGGACGCCAAUGAUGUCAUCUGCAUGAAUAUGUAUAACGUUUUACAACUGAUGGCCGCAUGUAAUUGAUUUGUGUAUGUGUAUAAUAUUUCCGGUUUGUCUGUUGGCGCCAGAUCAAUCCUGUACAUAUGGAUCGGGGCAAAUUUCGUUAGAACAUUUUUUAGGUAAUACUUUUCCGUGGAUAUUUUAUAAAAACACUUCAAAAGGAAGAAAUUGUCUCAAAUUUUUUUUUAAUCCUUUCGAAUACCAGAUUAUACCCAUUUCUCAGG